AUGCGGGAUACGACCAUCACUCAACACUUCUGGCGUCAGAAAUACCAGCGAGAGGACCCGCCACACCCCUGCAGCGCGCUGCCACUGCGGAGCCUUCAGGCAAAGACCUCGUGCCCCAAACACAGCACCGUUAUGAGGGAAGCAGCAGGAGGUUGUACCUCCGCCUUGGGGGCUCUUGGACUGGCCGUAGCGGUGCACGCGGUGCACUCGCCCCAGUCCGAGUCCAGGCUGCAGCGAUGCCGGCCUCGCCAGGCCUUGCCCGCGGCCCUUCCUGCCCGGAUCACUCCAAACCCCGCAGACCCGGGGGUCUCCACUCAGACGCUGGCCUCCCGAAGCCCCUCCUACGGCCUUCCGGGCCCUACACGCCAGGUGCCCCGGCUCAUCGCCUCCGCGACCGCUGCCGGGAGGCUCCGGCGCCCCGGCAGCCCCGCACCUCGGACAGCUCCCGGCUCGCGUGCCCGCCUCAGGCUCUCUGGCGCCCCCGCGCGGGUCCCCGGGGCAGGUCUCCGAGCUUCCUGGGGGGCCCGGAAGUGCCGGCGGCGCGGGGCGGGACUUCCUGUGGGCGCGGCGCGCGCCUGCGAUUCCGCCGGCUGGGGUCGCGGCCUCCUGCGGCCUUGCGUCCUGUGGCCGCCGGGGCCCGCCGGGGCCAGGGCGGCUGGAGCUGCGGGAGGGAGCCGAGGAGGGGCGGCGGCGCGGGCGUCCCCGCUCCGGGGCCCCCUGACUGCUGCUUCGCCGCGGCCCCGGCCUGACGCGCGCGUCCCCACGGCUCGGGCUUGCGGGGCGGUGCCGGCGGCCCGGGGCCCUCGUCGCCCUUCCGGGGGAUCCCCGCGCCCCCGACGACGGCAGGAAGCCGAGGCUGCGAGGAGACUCGCAGGAAGCGGGGCUCGCGGGAAGCCGGGCGGGGCCCCAGACGGAGAGCCGCGGUCCGCGCCGCACGGGGACCUCCGAGGGGACAGCUGCCCACGUGUGCCCGCGGACUCCCGGCCCUUUCCUGGGUCUCAGGCAGGGGAUGUCCUCUGUCCAGACCCUCCCGCGCCGGCCUGGGAGGCGGGUGCUGUGACCCCGGCCCAGGGCCUCCCGGCCGGCCACCCCGCCUCGUGUGUGCAGCAGCCCUGUAGGCCGCCGUCCCUCGCUCAGCGCACGGGACCCUCCAGCUGCCCCGGCAGGGAUCCCCACUCCUGGUGCUUCUGUAAGGCACGGCAAGGAGAGCCCCCAGGCCUGGGUCUCCAGAACACCACGGAGAGGGCUACCCUGAUGGACACACACACAGCUUCCCUGGCACAGGCGGCAGGUGGCAGCCAGGCUUCCUGCUGGGCUCCUUCAGUGGCCGAGCAAGGGGCUCAGAGUGCCAAGCCGACGCCAACGCAGGAGGCUUUGGAAGAAGAAGAGCCUCGCCAGGGAGAGAGAGAGCUGGGCCCGUUACAGGGGCCUCCCUGGGCCCUGGGACUUCUGGACGGCUGUGGGAAUGAGGAGGCCGGAGACAGGCCUAGAGAUUCCCUGAGGGUACCAGUUGUUCCUGCCAAACCUGGAGGGCAGUGUGGUCUGCACGGCAGAGUGUCCCCGUCAGAAGCCUCCCCAAACGCUCGCUCUGCCGCAAGCAGGAGGGGCCCCUGCAAAGGGCGGCCUUAUCAGUGUGGCACCUGUGACCGGAGCUUCAAGUGCUAUUCAGACGUGGUGAAGCACCAGAGCAUUCACUCCGGAGAGAAGCCGUACGCGUGCAGCGACUGCGGGAAGGCCUUCAUCCACAGCUCGCACGUGGUCCGGCACCAGCGCACCCACCACGGGGAGAAGCCCUACGUCUGCACGGAGUGUGGGAGAGCCUUCAGCCAGAGCUUCAACCUUGUCCGGCACCAGCGAACUCACACGGGAGAGAAGCCGUACGGAUGUGCUGAGUGCGGCAAGUCCUUUGGUCAGCGGUCAGACGCCGCCAAGCACCAGAGGACACACACGGGCGAGAGGCCGUACGCGUGCAGCGAGUGCGGGAAGGCCUUCCUGCACAGCUCCAAUGUGGCUCGGCACCAGCGCACCCACCAUGGGGAGAGCCCCUACGAAUGUCAGGAGUGCGGCCAGGCCUUCAGCCAGAGCUCCAACCUCCUGCAGCACCGGCGAGUGCACACGGGCGAGAAGCCCUACGCCUGCCCGGAGUGCGGCCGCGCCUUCAGCCGGAGCUCCUUCCUCAGUGAGCACCAGCGCAUCCACACCGGGGAGAAGCCAUACGCCUGCGGGGAGUGUGGCCGCGCCUUCAGAGCCCUGUCGGGCUUCUUCCGGCACCGGCAGGUCCACACGGGGGAGAAGCCUUUCCACUGCACCAAGUGCGGCCGUGCCUUCCGCCUGAGCUCACACCUGAUCCAGCACCAGCGCGUCCAUGGCACAGACUGAGCCUGCAAAUGGGCCAGGAUGCAGUGGGUGCAGCACCCAUGAAACUCUGGCUGUGCCUGGAGGGCUGUGUCCCUCAUCCCACCUGCAUGAGGAGGAUGAGGGAGCAGCCCAGCGCUUUAAGUUCUUGCCCAUGGGGAAGCCCCUAGUGUGUCCUCUGCUCCCUGGCUGGCGGUCAGAGGAGAAGGAGUCCAAGGAAGGCUGGUUUAAUAGCAGGGAACAAAGGCUUUCCCGAAGGAGGGCAAUCUGACGAGGACACGUGUCCCCUGAGACUGAUUUCGUAUCGGUAGCACUUGCUGACGUGUGAUUCACGUUUGCAUACUGCAUAGAUCUUAAGGGCUGGGUUUAUGAGACUUGACAAAUACAACCUGUUUUGACCUUUAGAACCACUGUGCUCUCAAGAUAACAGACUGUCUCCAUUGUCCCCUUAGCCUCAGAAGCACCCAGUGAUAUCAUUUCUGUGGCUCGUUUUGCUCGUUCUAGAACCUUAUGUAAAUAGAAUGAUUUCACAUAUA